CUGUAGCUGCUCCGCGCACGCGCGUUAACUGCUCGAUGUAGCCGACUGCUUUGUUGGGACCCUCGAUGCUGCGAUGACUUUCUGCGACUAGACUCCAAAUUUCAAGCUAUUUUGAUGUAUAUUUCUUGACGAGGACGCGGUAUAAGACCGUAUACAUGAUAUGUCUUUGAAGUACGUCAUGAGGGAGUCGGUCGCAAGGCCGUUUUCGGUAUAAAACUCCGAAACUUAGUGUGCGCUAACAUGAGAGAAGCGGACAGUGUGUUGUUCGGAAGGCAGCUCCUGGCCAGUGGAACACGGGGUGACGAGCCCUGCUGCUGCUGCUGCCCCCGUUUCAACGAGGAGAGAGGAACUCUUGACAACAAGAGGGGCGACCAAAGACCCACUGGCUCUCUGUCCAAGUAAUCGAGAACCGGCCCUCUUGUCAUCAUGGAGACGGUGGGGAAGUUUGAGUUCAGCCGGAAAGACCUGAUAGGACAUGGCGCGUUCGCCGUCGUCUUUAAAGGCAGACACCGAGAGAAACAUGACUGGGAAGUCGCUGUGAAAUGUAUCAACAAGAAGAAUCUGGCAAAAUCACACACACUAUUGGGGAAGGAGAUCAAAAUACUGAAGGAACUGAAGCAUGACAACAUUGUGGCUCUGCUGGACUUCCAGGAAACUGCCAGCUCCGUGUACCUGGUAAUGGAGUACUGCAAUGGAGGGGACCUUGCAGACUACUUACACUCAAAAGGAACACUCAGCGAGGACACGAUCCGUGUUUUCCUGCAGCAGAUAGCUGGGGCCAUGAGAGUCCUUCAAUCCAAAGGAAUCAUCCACAGAGACCUAAAACCUCAGAACAUUCUGCUCUCCUACACAGCAGGACGGAAGUCCCACUCAAACAAUACCUGUAUCAAAAUCGCGGACUUUGGUUUUGCUCGUUAUCUUCAGAACAACAUGAUGGCAGCCACUCUUUGUGGAUCCCCCAUGUACAUGGCACCCGAGGUCAUCAUGUCCCAAAACUAUGACGCCAAGGCUGAUUUGUGGAGUAUAGGAACCAUCGUUUUUCAAUGUCUGACCGGGAAGGCGCCAUUUCAAGCCAGCAGUCCCCAGGAUCUCCGUCUCUUCUAUGAAAAACACAAGAAUCUCAACCCAAAUAUCCCCAGAGAAACAUCAGUUCACUUGAAGCACCUUCUCCUGGGUUUACUGCAGCGGAACCACAAGGACCGCAUUGAUUUUGACGACUUCUUCAGUCAUCCGUUCUUGGAGGCGAACACGUCAAUGAAGAAAACAACUCCUCUGGUGACCAUGACCUGCUUUCCAAGUUCUGCAUCAGCCAGCUCUUGCAGCAGCUCGUCCACGUCUCAUCUUGCCUCUCCUCCGCAGCAGUCUCUUGCUGAGGUUCAACAGCUGCGUGCCAAAGCGCUGCAAUCCCCGACUCAGGAGGCAACAGGGUUUCGCCUCAAAGAGUCUGGAGGUGGCGGUAGUAGCAAGAACUCAUCAUCAUGUGACACAGAUGACUUUGUCAUUGUCACUGCUAAUCAAUCUGGGGAGCUGACAUGUGAAAGUAAGGUGCUGCAAGACAGUCUGAUGAACAAUAGCUCUCUCCUGGCGUCUGGUGGAAUGUGUGCCCAAGACAAUACUCCAUGUCAAUCUCCUCCCACCAGCAACUCCCCAAGUCCAAUCAACUGUUUCCUUGAGCACUCGGUUCUUCUCACUAUUUUUGGCAGGCCGACUGAGGUGAUGGGAGGCGAUCAGGGUGGCGACAUUGGAAACCCUGGCCAGUCCUUGCCAAUCCCGGUCCCCAGUCAGGUGCAGAACUACCAGCGCCUCGAGCAGAAACUGCACUGUGGCAAGCCAGAGUGUGCAUCCCGGGUUGCCACCAAAGUGCACCGCUGCUGUAACACAAGCCCAUUGGGGCAUGCUCGUGCUGGACCUUCGCUUCCCUACGGCCAAUGCGGAGGGACUCACAGACUCUCGCUGGGAGGUGCUCGCACAGGCAUAGCCCACCCUCAUGUUCCUCAGCCAUCAUCUCUGCAGCAACCUCAGGUGAAAGGAAUGGGCACCCGCCUCCACAGCGCACCCUGUCUACUGGAUCUCGCCACUGGUGGUGCACGACAGAAGAUCAAGAAACAGCUGUCAGAUCCCAUGGUGGCAGUCGACUCAGCAGGACUGAUGGCCAUGCGCCCACUACAUUCUUCCCCUAGGCUUAGUGAACUCUUACAGCGAAGCCCUCUGCCCACCAUCCUCGGCUCCCCCUCCAGAGCCAUAUCUCCAUUUGAAUUCACCCGGCCCCCCAGUUCUCCCAACCUUGUAACUUUCCUCACUCAGCAGGGCCUGGUUGUGGGUUCACCAUGCAGCCGGACUGCUCCGGCUGAACUUAGGGACCUCAACCAGCAGACCCAAGCACAUGGCAGCCAGACUGCAUUUCGCUUUCACCGACGGGCAGACGAAGAUUCUGGAAGGUCCAACAGUGCUGGUCGUCUCUCAGAUGUUCUGCUAAUGGCUGCGUUUGGACCAGGUGGACCAGCAAGUGACCGAGGCAGCAAUGAGUACCUGAACUCCGAAAAAUCUCUGGACACAACAGGGUCCGCACCUGGCUCCAGUAGCCCAGCAAGGGUGGUUUUUACCAUCGGUUCGCCACCCAAUGGCAGCACACCACCUCACACAUCUAGACAAAGGAGGCACUCUGGAUCCUUCACUUCACUGAGCCCUGCAGGCUCCUACAACAGCCCCUAUCAUCAGACGGGCCCCUAUCUGGACGGCUUCGAAGCUCCUCCUAGCCCUCGUUAUGGGUUUUACGAUCCCAUCUCGCCGAACAUGGGUGGUCCUGUUGCCUUCGAGGCUCCGGAUCUUCCCGAGGAGACACUGAUGGAGCAGGAGCAUACAGACACAGUGCACAGCCUACGCUUCACUUUGGAGUUCACACGCUGUCUGAUGGAAGUGGCCGGAGCUCGUGGGGUUCUGUUGAUGGGGGAACGGAGUGACGCUAGUCUGCCAUCCCUCGCGCAGCAGCAGAGUCUGGUGGCAGAUCAGAUAAGCUCACUGAGCCGAGAAUGGAGUGAUGCAGAGCAGCUGGUUCUCUAUAUGAAAGCCGCUGAGCUUUUGUCCAUUGCUCUUCAAACCACCAUGGAGCGAGUGAAAAGGGGGAAACUUUACCCAUCUACAACAGUUAAACAAGUUGUGCGGAGGCUGAACGACAUGUACAAGUCCAGCGUCGGAUCCUGUCGUGCCCUCAGCACCCGUUUGGAGCGGUUCUUCUCGAGGAAGCACCGUCUCAUGGACCGAAUCUCUUCUAUCUCAGCGGAGCAGCUGCUCUUCAGCCACACUGUGCAGAUGGUUCAGGCUGCGGCGCUGGAUGAGAUGUUCCACCAGGGGGAAGCAUCAAUUCAGCGUUAUUACCAAGCUCUGCUGCUGUUGGAGGGUCUCUCGCUUCUGCUCACCAAACAGGAGGACAUUCUCAGUGUCUGCAAAUAUAAGGAAUGCAUUGAACGCCGCCUCACAGCCCUGCAGUCGGGACUGCGGGACAGAUAGAUCUGCGCUGCAGACCGGAGUGUUCACUUCUAGGUCAACCACUUGUGUUUCCAUCAAAUCAUUACCUUUCUCUCACACUGUUUUGUUCACCCGACGGCUCAUAGUAAUGAACUAGUCUGGAUGAGAGCCUGACAGGAAUCCUAAGUGCCGCUGUGUGAGCCCGAACACAUUUGGAAAAGUUCACUUUAUGGACAAUAAAACAGAGGAGUGGCUUUUGACAAGCUGUUGCAAAAGCAGAAUAUGACUCCAGACUGCUACCACUCUUUCAUCAACACUUGGGGUCACAAGACUUGAAAAGAGCGCGUUCCCGGCAUCAUCACAUGUACCUACAUGUACGUUUGUCUUGCACCACAUUUUCUGCUUUCCUGAGCUUCUGGUGUGAUCCAGCUGCUUGCUUAUUACACAUGUACUAUCAACUGAAACAGUACAGCAAAUUAUUGCUGUUGAAAAAAAGCGUAUUUUAUAGAUUUACGUAGUUCCUAUAGUUAGUGUGACACUUUAUAGAUUCUAUACUUGCUCAGUCCUGUGUUGUAAUUUCAUACCAAUCCCCUUGUUACUUUUUUAUUUGGCUAAAAUUAGCUGCACUAAAGCUUUAGAACACUUCUUAUCUCAGUCCAGACCUAAAGACGUAUAAAUAAGCUAUAUCUUAAGGAGUUGUUACAAAGCGAUGGUUUCUCUUUACAAUAUUCCACAACGUUAUUCAAUCAUGUUGUAGUGAAGCAAGUAUAAUCACAAUGAAUGUAAAGACCAGGAGAGCGUCAACCUGAAUCUUUGAUUCAAGCUGAUGUCAGAAAGUUUUGCACUGUUGAAGUACUGUAUUGAAUGGUCACGAGUGAGAACGGCUACACAUGUCAAGAAUGUUUCUGCACCUUGAAAGAUUUGCUUAUUUAGACUUAUUUGACUGCUCAUUGGUGGGUGUAGUUUUUUUUUUUCCUUUUUAUUGUUGUUA